CCCGUUGGUCAUGUGACGUAUGGUAUCCGGUUAGGCAAAACACAAGCGAAGCCCUGUCAGACAGUUUUGACUAUUCUUUACUUUUUAGCUGUAUUGUUAGCUACUUAACAAGUAUUUUAUUUAAGAUGAAAGGAUUGUAUUUAUUUGUUGUUUGUCUCGGUGUGGGGGUAAUGGGUGGGAAAUACUCUCGGGAGUUGAACGAGCCGAAGGUGGGCGGCGAUGAUGAACAGACAGCAGAAUUCAGGAUUUCGAAGCUGAACCAAGUGUGGAACAAGGCCUUACGGAUGCAGUUGUCCCCUGUGAAGCAAGCCGAGCUGCACAGUGACCUGAAAAUCCAGGAGAAAGAUGAGCUGCAGUGGAAGAAAAUGAAAGUGGAGGGCCUGGAUGAAAACGGAGAGAAAGAGGCCCAAAUUCGCCGUAAUUUCAAUGUGAUUCUGGCCAAGUAUGGAAUGGAUGGCAAAAGAGACACAAGACCGCUGGAGAGCAAUUCUCUAAAGGACCAUGAAAUCAAAGACGGCGACAUGUUUGAUGACCCCAAGCUGGACAAACUUUGGAACAAGGCUAAAAGCUCGGGAAAGUUCUCAGAGGAGGAGCUGCAGAGCCUGAGGAGAGAGUUCCAGCACCACAAAGACAAGAUCCACGAGUACAACAUCCUCAUGGAUACUGUCAGCAGGACAGAAGAGAUCCACAAGAACGUGGUCUCGCCCCUGGAGGGUGACGCCAAAGAGCAGGAGGUGCAGCAGAAGCACACAGAGCUGAAACAGAAGAUGAGAGACCUCAACCAAGGCUUCGAGCGCCUCCGGAAGCUCAGCCACGAGGGCUUCACUGAGGACAGCGAAUUCCGGGAGCCGCGUGUGAUCGAACUGUGGGAGGCGGCCAAGAGAGCCAACCUGAGCCAAGAUGAGCUGGAUUCCCUAAAGGAGGAGCUGCAUCACUUUGAGACCAAGGUGGAGAAGCACAGCCACUAUCAGGAGCAGCUGGAGCUUUCCCACCAGAAGCUGCAACACGUGGAGGCUUUAGGAGACAAACAACACAUCAAGAGGAACCAGGAGAAGUACCACACGCUGGCCGAGAAGACCAGGGAGAUGGGAUACAAGAUGAAGAAGCACAUGCAGGACUUGCACAGCAAGAUCUCUCGUCAGGGUCUCGCCCACAACGAGCUGUGAGGACCCUCGGCCAAAUGUUACCAUGCCAGUGAAGGAUCAAAGAACUCAACCUGCUUCCCUUCCCAUUCCAGCUCAGCGAGGCACUGGAAAAAUAAUGUUGGAGUUGACUUGUUGAUUUGUUGUCUAUGUGAAAUGAAUUACCAGUUGUUUGUACAUACUAUAAGAUUUCUUCUUUUUUUUUGUAAUAAAUGAUUAGUUGUGGUACCAUU